GUUAAAGAAGCAAUGGAUCAAAAUAUGUGUAUUAUGUUCUCCUACUAAUAUAUAAUUUAUAAUAAAUCUAUGUACUGUGGUGUCUGUUUUAGUAUUUUUGUAGAUCUUUAAUUAAAUGAGCGAAUUUUUAACAUUUUAAAAAAGUAACGGGGGAAACUAUGUCGGGAUUUGCUGUGGUGUUGAUUACGUUUUGCAUGUGCACCACAUUGCUCCAGUGGACGCCGGCGAGUGCAGCAAACAUUUUGGCGGUGCAGACGGUCCCGGGCAAGAGCCACUGGAACGUGAUGCGGGCCGUACUGAGAGCAUUGACUGAUCGCGGUCACACCGUGACUGUGUUUACGCCGUUCAUAGAUGGUGAUAGGGAUGGUUAUGAAGAGGUGGACAUGUCCGAGCAAAUGAUACCGAUGCUCGACAGGGACGCGAAGUUUCUAAUUGAAAACUUCGGCUCCAUGCGGAAGUCAAUUCCAAAAAUGCUCAAUUUUACCCGGCAGAGUUGCGACAUGGUUUAUGGACAUAGGCGGAUGAUGGAUAUUUUGGAAGGGUCGGGAACUCGGAAAUUCGACUUAGUCAUCACCGAACCGAUGGUGUCCGAGUGUGUGGCAUACGCGGCCACCGUACUAUGCGUGCCUAUGAUAUACGUCGUCCCGUUUCCGGUAAUCACUUAUUUAGAACGGUCGUUGACCGGGCACGUCUCAAACUCGGCGAUUGUGGGGCAUGUUCUGUCACAACAUAGCACGCCCAAAACGUUCGCCCAACGGUUUGAUAAUGUAAUACUGACGGUGCACUGUUCAAUGCUGACGUGGUAUACUGAGUGGCAGCUCCGGUGGGCCAACUCGCAACCGUACGACACUGUGGAUCUGAUCAAGCCGUCCGUGAUUUUCACCAACACACAUUUCAUUACCGAACCGUCUAGGCCGCUGACGUCCGACGUCAUCCAGAUCGGUGGUAUUCAUCUGUCCCCUCCCAAAUCUAUUCCGAAGGACGUUUUAGAAUUUAUUGAAGACGCGCCUCAUGGGGUGAUUUACUUCACUUUUGGUUCUAUUAUUUCGAUGUCAUCGUUACCAGAAACCGUUCAACGCGUUUUUCGAGAUGCACUUGCUCAGGUUCCGCAGAAGGUGUUGUGGAAAUACGAAGGUGAUAUGAAAGACAUACCGAAGAAUGUGAUUAUUAGGAAAUGGUUUCCACAACGUGACAUACUUCGUACGCAUUACUAUAUUGAACUCAUGAUAUUGCAUCCUAAUGUAAAACUGUUUAUCAGUCAUGGAGGCAUAUCUGGAGUGUACGAAUCUGUGGUCGCUGGUGUACCUAUACUCGGUUUCCCCUUUUUCAACGAUCAAUUGAGAAAUAUUGACAAUUUGGUCGACGCCGGGAUGGGGAUCAGUAUGGAUAUUUUAUCUGUAACCGAAGAUACGCUAUUAAACGCAAUUUUGGAGAUUGUUAACAACAAUAGGUACAAGGAAAACGCUAAAAUCGCUUCCAAACGUUUCAGCGAUCGACCUAUGUCACCCACAAAAUCUGUGGUUUACUGGACGGAGUACGUUUUACGUUAUAAAGGAGCAACACAUUUAAAAUCUCACGCUCUUAAUCUGAAGUGGUAUCAAUAUUUUUUGGUUGAUGUAAUUAGCACAUUUUUAUUUAUUGUGUUUAUUAUUUUGUUCAUAAUCUAUUAUAGCCUAAAAAUGAUUUGUAAACACUUUUAUAUAUUUGUCAAAGAUAAAUGCGAAUAAAAUAAAAUAAAAUGAAACUAAUAGAUAAUAAAUAUUUUAAUUUUUCAAAAUAAUAUAAUAUGGACUCUUCAAUACUUCACAUAAUAUUAUUGUAAUCGUUGUAUUGUGCAUUAGUCGCAUAUUGUUCCACAUAAGGUUAUACUUUUUAAAUAUACUAAGUAGUUCAAUAUGAUUUUUAC